AUGUGGAGUUUCACAUCUUCAAUACCAGUAUUUGGUACUGUGCAUGAUACUGACGGGCAUGGACAUGAUAUACCGACUACCUCUGGUGGUUCGGGUCCGAGUUCUAGUCGGUCAGGAGAUGAUCAGAACUUGUUUGAUGAUUACGAGCACAGUCCCAUUUGGCAUUGUUUCCUUGCAGGUGGUGUAGGAGGCAUAAUAGGUGACUCUGCCAUGCACUCACUGGAUACUGUUAAGACCAGACAACAGGGUGCUCCAAAUGUACAUAAAUACAAGCACAUGCUACAGGCAUACAGAACCAUGUUUAUAGAGGAAGGGUUCCGUAGAGGCCUAUAUGGUGGGUAUUGUGCGGCCAUGCUUGGAUCUUUUCCUAGUGCAGCUAUUUUCUUCAGUACCUACGAGUUUACAAAGAGGACUAUGAUCAAUGACUACCAUCUCAAUGAUACAUUUUCUCACCUCACAGCUGGUUUCCUGGGUGAUUUCUUUUCCAGUUUUGUAUACGUUCCAUCGGAAGUGCUGAAAACUAGACUGCAAUUGCAAGGUUGCUACAAUAAUCCUCAUUUCAAUUCAGGAUAUAAUUAUAAGAGUCUAAGAAAUGCCAUUGCAACUAUUUAUAGAACUGAAGGUGUAGCGGCCUUAUUUUUUGGAUAUAAAGCAACGCUGGCCAGGGAUUUACCGUUUAGUGCAUUACAAUUCGCAUUUUACGAGAAAUUUAGACAAUGGGCAUUCCUUCUAGAAGGUAAGGAUAUCUAUAAGCAUGACCUAUCGAUUUCUAAUGAAAUUGUUACAGGUGCAUGUGCAGGUGGUCUCGCAGGAAUUCUCACGACACCUCUGGAUGUGGUUAAAACUAGAGUCCAAACGCAACUGCCUUCGCAAAUCGAUAUAUCGACUGAUACCAAGAUAAAAAAUGUUUCCAAGCCGGUAACAUUGACAAACUCAAUAUUUAAAAGCUUAAGAACUGUCUAUACUUCAGAAGGAUUUUUCGGGUUUUUCAGUGGAGUAGGCCCUCGUUUUGUGUGGACAAGUGUACAAAGUAGUAUAAUGUUGCUGCUAUACCAGAUGGCAUUGAGGGUAUUGAGUAAUAGAGAAUCCGAAAAACUAGAUCUGUGA